AUGAUUGCUAAGUUCAUCCUUGUCAUCGGAUUCUCCGCGGCCGUCUCGGGGGGUUUACUGCCCGCCGCGCCUCUAGCCCUGGCACCAGCGGUUCCCGUGGCCCCAGUAUUGAACCCCGUCCACGAAUACGAUCCCCACCCACAGUACACCUACGCCUACGACGUUCAAGACGCAUUAACCGGCGAUUCCAAAUCGCAACACGAAACGAGAAAUGGGGAUGUCGUCAGCGGAAGUUACAGCCUCAUCGAAGCCGAUGGAACGAGACGAAUCGUCGAGUACACAGCCGACCCCAUCAACGGCUUCAACGCCGUCGUCCAUCGAGAGCCCGCGGUCGUUAAAGCUGUAGUGCCCGCCGUUCCGCAUGCCGUUGCACCCCUCGCGCCCGCUCCUGCUCUCGGUUUCAGAUUUUGA